UGCCUGCAGCAGACGGAACUUUGGCAAUGGAAGACUCCAAGUCCAAAGGCAAAGAGGAAGAAAAGGAAUUUAUUUGUUCAAACUGCAACUUCAAGAUGAAGUAUAGCUACUACGGCGCCAAGCCCCCGUUUCUCAAAUCGCUGAUCUUGUUGGAGGAGGCAUAUGUGAUGAAGGAUCCGUUCAGUACCGAGGGAAGCCUCAUCACCCUGGGAGCUCACUGUUCACUGUGUAACAAGCCAGUCUGCAUCGCUGCUGAUUGCAGUUUAUUCUUCACCAAGAGGUUCUGUUUGGGGUGUGUGGCGGAUCAUCUCGAUGAGUUUCCCAAGGAAAUAAAACUGGAAAUAUGUCGACGUGACAAGGAGAAAAAACAACCAUGACGUGGUUGAGAGGAUUUGAAAGCUGUCUGGAAAAUGGAGGCUCAGGGUGCCGUGCUGGACAAAGACGACCAUCACAGGUGGGGAUCUAUCUUUACGACGCAAACAUUGACAGGGACCGACACUGGUGGGCAUCACACCAGGAGUCCAAAUCCCGCAGGGAGGGGGUCAAUGGUCUCGAUUUAACUGUUUAUAACGCUUCAGUGUGUGCCUGAUGGGUCACAUGUGACAUUGUCUGCCGCAUAUCUACAGCAACAACUUAUGUACUUCAGCCAAUUGGCUAAUGUGGCAACAUGACUGCAGGAUUGUCCUCCAAACUCCUCAAUCAAACAACUGUGUUAAGUGCCUGUUUUAAAUGCUGUUAAGUAACAUAUAGGCUUAUCAUUGCAAGACAAUCAAACGUAACCUUACGUUUGAUCACCAAAGUCCCCUGACCUGUGGGUUAAUGCUAAAGACUGUGAAUCACCUCUCUAUUGGGGUGGUAGCGCGACAAAAUACUUGUUUCAUGAUCCAUUACACACAAACUUCGGGACAGAACUGAGAAGAAAAGAAGACGUUAGAUUGUAUUUUGAUAGUUUGUCUGCUCACUCUAUAUCCCUGAGGUAUCAGUGUCGACUAAUUGGGAAAGAAUUUCUCGAAUUCGUACUUAAUUAUAUGUGCCUAUGAAGGGCCAACACAACCAAGUGAGGAAGUGUCCUUUACAAAGAAUGGCACGUCUUGAAACAUCACCUGGUUUGUCAAAGUUCAGAAGUGGUGAUAUUGUGCACAUGUUUUUGACGUGCAUAACAGUAAUAAUUCAGCCACCCGCUCACGGCAUCUGACCCCUGUUUACAACAGGGAUUCCCGAAAUUGCUCUCCCCGUUUAGCGUUACAUCCAUCACAGGUGUGUAUUAGCCUCGACCAAUCAGGCACCCAUACCGUACAUGUGCCAGUACAAGCUCCUUCAGGGCUGGUGAGCGUGCAGGGGUGCAAAAUAGAAGAGGGGUGUAAUAAUAAACUACACAGAAGAGGGGUGUAAUAAUAAACUACACAGAAGAUAAUAAUAAAUUCCAUACAUAUGUACUAAUGGAAAUGAAUAAGGGUACACUUAGUUUUAGACACUGUAAAAUGAUAUGCUAUGAUGGGUUACCGAUUUUGUCUGCCAAAUACGCGUUGGAAACAAUCGCACAAACACAUCUCAACAUUUGAUUCUGACAUGUGUUGAGUUUGAAUGCACGCUGUUUCAAAUGUACUGACAGUAAAGCUUAUUUUCCUAUAUUUUUCAUUGUUCCCUUAUUUGUUUCCAUCAGUAUAUGUUCAUAGCGCUAGUGUUGGAGAACUUCUCCAGCAUGAAAGUCAGGGAGUCUCAUUGAGAUGAAAUAAAGUCAUGAAAUAUAGUUUUGAUGCGUUAUCAUUCAUCUUGAGUUUAUUGCAGGAAGAAGAUUUUCUUUUUGCCUUCUUUAUUGAUAUAUUUGGACUUUGAUAUCAGUCCUCAAUGUAUGAUCUGUGUAGAGGGGAGAUCAAUAUGAACGAUGUAGUGGGGAGAUCCAUAUGAUCUGUAUACAGUGAGAGAUCCAUAUGAUUUGUGUAGCGGGGAGAUCAAUAUGAACGGUGUAGUGGGGAGAUUUGUGCGCCUUGGAGAUCCAUAUGAUCUGUGUCCUGGGAUGAUCCAUGUGAUCUGUGUAGUGGGGAGAUCCAUAUGAUCUGGGUAGUGGGGAGAUCCAUAUGAUCUGUGUAGUGGGGAGAUUCAUAUGAUCUGUGUAGUGGGGAGAUCCAUAUGAUGUGUGU